AGCGCUGCCAGAUCAGUCCGUUUUGUGGCUGGCAUUUUGCAAAUUAAAACAAUUUUAUUUCGACAGAGAAAACUCCGCUUUUGAUUAAACAAAAUGCCUGGGGAGAAUGAAACCAGCACCGCGGACACGACCAACGACCACAUUGACCUGUCCAUCUACCGCCGGCUGGUCAAGCAGUUCAUAGAGAUGCGUCGCUAUGGCACCGCCUUGUUUUGGGCCGAAAAGGUGGCCGUGCUGAGCGGCCAGGAGCCGCGCGAUGUUUACUACCAGGCGCAGUGCAUGUAUCUGCUGGGAGAGUUCCACCGCGCGGCCCAUACCAUUCGCCACCACAAACUAGAGAAGAACUCUCUGCCGUGCUUCAACCUGCUGCUGGAGAGCCUGUACGCGGCCAAGGAGUACAACGAGGCGGAUGCCAUGAUCCAGACAGUAGAGGUGGAGAUGAUGACCACCUCGGUGAUCAACCAGCCCGUGGAUCCCGGCAGCGGCUGCUACAUCGAGAGCAACAGCGUCUUUGGGGGCGAGGAGAACAGCCGCAACGAGCUGUUGGCCUCCAUUUUCCUGGUGAAGGGAAAGGUGUACGAGGCGCUGGACAACCGCGGCACAGCCAUGGAUUUCUAUGUGCAGGCGCUGCACAAAUCCAUCUACUGCUUUGAGGCCCUGGAAGCCCUCGUGCAGCAUGAAAUGCUGAUGGCUUGGGAGGAGUUCGAGCUAAUGCAUCACCUGCCGCUGGCCCAACAGUCCAGCGAAGCGGAUGCCAAAUUCAUCUUGAAAUUGUAUGAAUCGCGCCUGAAAAAGUACUACGAGUUGAUUUCUGCACGAAAUGGCGAGGAGAUCUCGCCGAUUGUCAAUCCGGAUGUGCUCAAGUUCAUCAAGGAGUUCACGGCUCGCGUGCAGCAGACCUGCUCCUCAGAGUCGCAGAUGCCGAGGGUUAGCGCCUUGAAGGUGCCCCUGACGCCGAGUCAAUUCGUGUCGCCAGCACAAAAAGUUUUGGAAGACCUGAAGGCUCCUUCGUUCUCCCUGCAGACGAGCCUGUCGCGUGCUUCUUCCCUCAUUGAUGCCACACAUCGAUCCAUCUUCGAUGCUUCCAGUCGCCGACGUUCGCGGGACCUCGAGGCAGACACUUUGGUGCCUCUGGGCGAAUGCCUCACGCGCGUUCAGCGCAGUACUGACCUGAUGGCCGCCGAGGCGGAAAAAUGCUUCUACGACUGCGACUACAAGCAAUGCGUGAAGAUCCUAAAUGACCUCCUGAAGAUCGAUCCCUUCCACAACAUUGCUCUGACCAUACAGAUCGCCUGCCUGGUGGAGAAUGGGGACUUUAAUCGCCUGUUCUAUGUGGCCCACAAGCUGGUGGAUCGCUAUCCGGACAAGGCUAUCUCCUGGUAUGCCGUGGGCUGCUAUUACGAUAUGAUAGGCAAGAGCGAUCCAGCACGUCGCUAUCUUUCGAAGGCCACCGCUCUGGAUCGGCUGUACGGACCGGCGUGGCUGGCCUACGGCCACUCCUUUGCCAACGAGAACGAGCACGAGCAGGCGAUGGCCGCCUACUUCAAGGCCACACAACUGAUGCGCGGCUGCCACCUGCCGCUCCUCUACAUCGGCGUGGAGUGUGGCCUCACCAAGAACCUUGAGCUGGCCGAAAAGUUCUUCAUGCAGGCCAUGAACAUUGCCCCACUGGAUGUGUAUGUGCUGCACGAGCUGGGUCUGAUCAAAUACGAGUACGAGUACGGUGGGGCAGCCACCAUCUUCCAGUGCACCGUGGACAUUGUGAAGCAGCGGGCGAAGGCCAACAACGAGGAGAUAUCCGCCCGCUGGGAGCCGCUCUUCAUCAAUUUGGGCCACUCGUUGCGCAAAAUUCACAAGUACGAGGAUGCCCUCUACAAUUUCCAAUAUGCUCUCCUGCUGAAGCCGCAGAGUGCCACCACGUACACUUCCAUUGGCUUUAUCCAUGCCCUUUUGGGUGAUCUGGACUCGGCCAUUGAGUCCUUCCACAAGAGUCUGUCGCUCAAUCGCGACUGCAUUGUCACCUCCACCAUUCUGAAGUCCUGCAUCGAGGAUCUGAUGGACGAUGCCACCACCAUCGAUGAUAUAUGCAGCGCCGCCCUGCGCGAUGUGGCCAAGAACAUUACGGCCAACAGUCGGCGGGUCCUCAAUUCGGAUAAAUUCAAUGGCAUGAAGUUGAAGUUCGACGAGGAGGAGGAGUUUGCCAACUCCAAUUCCGACUCGAAUAUGGUGGUGGAAAUGAGCUUCGAUACCUAAUUCCCCACCUCAAUGGCAGCCCAGCCCAUCCGUUGAUAGAUCGAUAGUUGCUGCUGCCGCGCUUGUGCGUGUGUUCCAUGCACUUGAACUUAAUUUCUUGCCUACGGCACACACAGAUGUUCGUUCUUCUACGAUCUAUUAAUGAGGCAGAGGUAGUGGCAGUGGCAGUGGCAGACGCAGAGGCUUGGGAUUUCUCCAGUCAGUGAUGUUUUUCCCCCGCAUUUCCAUUUGAAGUCGCCGACACCGCCGUCAUGCGUUGUGCCAACAUUUGUGAAUAUCAUUUAGUCGUUUAGUAUUUAAGAGUGCGAAUAAGUCUCAUUUCAGAACAUACUCGUAUUAGUGCCCAUUAAGGGCUGGUCUCCAAGCUCUACUUAUUAUUCUGUAAUUAUACAUUAUAAUUGUAACUAAAUUUUUUUAGAAAGAAA